AACGUACGUACAGACAGACAGACGAACUUUGAUCAACUAUCCCUGAACCCGUGAUGGUGAUAAUGUUCUAUAAACUACUGCCCUGAUCAAAUUAUUGUGAAAUUACAUGGUUACGGACGUGUCUAUAACUUUAAAUUAAAAUACUAAAAUUUUCAGUAAAUCUGUGUUAUUCGUGAAGACGAUAGUAUAUUUUAAAUAAAUUGAUCAGAAACAAUUAUUCAAUAGAACAGAAAGUAUGAAAUAUCUGGCGGUGAUACUGAUUUUGUGCGUUGGGAAUACAGUUCGAGCUGCCCCAGCCCUAGACUUAGAGGAUGGCAAUGAUUUGGCAAUAAAUGUGACUUUAAUUCCCAUGACAACUGGAGGAGCUGCCACAAUAAACCCAGCUACAGGCCAGACAGUGUCAGCAGCGUCUAUGCCACCGGCUUCAGGAAAAACAGACACGGCACCAACCAUUGGACCAAUUACAUCAACACCGGUGACCAACACAACUAUGACCGUAACUUCACCGAUAACUAUGAUUACUGACCAUACCAUGACUACCAACACCAUGACUACAAACACCAUGACUACUUCUAAUGUCACCAUGGUAACAAUGGAAACCACAGAAGCUACAUCGGCCGUUACUGUCACAGGAAGUAUGCCAACUAUGACAAGCACCCAAACGACAAAAUCAACAUCAGCUCCCAAUCAACCUACUCCAAAACCUAAACACGGCUUCGAUGGUGGUUCGUUCGGUGGUGGUAUAGCCCUGGGGAUAACGCUAGCAGCGAUAAUUAUUAUCGCUUACAGGUGUUACAUUAUUCGGAAUAAACCAAAGGCAGAGAGACCCUAAUUCACUAAAGACUUAGACUUCUGUUAUGAAGUGAAAGCAAACAAUAAUCCGUUUUCAUUUUGAAUAUAAGGAUCGUGAUAUCAUCUAUAUCUCAUACUUUUUUAUACAGAUAUCAUAUCAUCGAUAUAACAAAUCUAGUCUAUAUAGAGAACAAACAUAAUACUUAAUACAAUGUACUAAUUUAUUUUAGUAAGAUUGUUUUGAAACACUCUCGAAUCCGUUCCUGGAACCAACCAGUACUAAGCCGUGACAGUCCGACGCGUUAACCACUCGGCCACGCCGACACAAUCUCCCAUAUCAUGUAUCACCCAACAGUAUAAAUCUGAAUCCAUACUGUUUUGAGAAAAGUCGUCUGCUGGUAUAAGAACUGACAGGUUCAACCAUUUAUAGGCCACAUUGGGCUUAACACAAACCUUUCUGAAUUUGUAUAACAGAAUCACUGUGCUUUGAACUUUGAACCACUCCAUUAUUUUUCAAUGAUUUCAAUAUUAAAACAAUAAAUGGUUUACAUAUUGGUCAGACUUUACAGGUGUAACUUGUCGUGUGGCGUCUGAAAAAAAAACUUGUCUGUCCUUCGUUUUAGUAUUAUUUUAUUAAUUAAAGAUAUGCAUACUGACCUUGGCCUUUUAUGUUGUAGAUUCAUGGUUAUGAAAGAGUUAUUUUUAUUAUCAUUAUUCAUCUUCUUCGCGUAAAACGCAAACAAAAGGUGCAAUAACAUUUAUUGCGU